AUGGCGGAUUCCGAGCGCCUCUCGGACCCCGGCUGCUGGGCCACCUGCUCCAACUUCUCACGCACCCGACAGGGAAUUCUCCUGUUUGCUGAAAUUAUAUUGUGCCUGGUGAUUCUGAUCUGCUUCGGUGCCUUGACAUCAGGAUACUCCUCCUUGUCAGUGACAGAGAUGAUCUUUGCUACUCUCUUCUUUGUCGUCUACAUGUGUGACCUGCACACCAAGAUACAGAUCAUCAACUGGCCUUGGAGUGAUUUCUUCCGAACCCUCGUAGCGGUCAUCCUCUACCUGAUCACCUCCAUUGUUGUGCUUGUUGAGAGAGGAAACCACUCCAAACUCGUCGCAGGGGUACUGGGCCUAAUCCCUGCAUGCCUCUUUGGCUAUGAUACCUACAUUACCUUCCCCUUGCAGCAGCAAAGACAUACAGCAGCCCCUACUGACCCUGCAGAUGGCCCAACGUAGGUGAACUCCCUUCAUUUCUCUCAGCAACCUGCAAA